AGAUCAAUGGAUUGAUACUUUAUGACAUCUUACACAGGCGUCGUAAACAAACGUGAAAAGAAAACAAGUGGAGAACAAACAGUGACAUCUGUGUGCGUGUAGGUAGAUCAUGGUUAAGGAAAGACACACUUGGUGGUUUUUGGAUCCGAAGGACAACCUUUUACACAUCAAUGUGGGUGGGUUGAGGCACACUCUAUGUUCAAGCAUUCUGAAGAAGUUUCCGGACACGCGUCUUGGCCAGCUCUUGUCCUGUGACUCAGAAGAUGACAUUCUACAGCUCUGUGAUGAUUUUGAUGUUCAACAGAAAGAGUUUUACUUCGACCGUAACCCUGGCCUUUUCCCUUAUGUCCUGCACUUCUACCAGACUGGCAAGCUGCACAUUAUGGAAGAGCUGUGCAUUUUCUCCUUCUCUCAGGAAAUAGAGUACUGGGGCAUCAGUGAUUUUUUUCUGGACAGCUGCUGUAGUUACCGUUACCUUGAUCGUAAACUGGAGAGACAUCAUAAAUCGUGGGAUGAAGAGAGUGAUGUUAGCAGUGUGGAUACGUCGGUUGAUGAGAUUUCUGAUCUGAACAAAGAUAUCGAGCACUUCCAUGAAAUGCGUUUUGGAAACAUUCGAAAGUGUCUGUGGCUAACAUUGGAAAAUCCAGGUUAUUCAAUUCCUAGCAAACUUUUCAGCUUGCUUUCCAUUUGUGUGGUAUUAAUAUCAAUUGCCACCAUGUGUAUCAAUAGCAUUCCAGAGUACCAGAUAUUUGAUGAAAAUGGUAAUCCAACCGAAGACCCAACUAUGCAUGUUUUAGAAGUGUUCUGCAUCUGCUGGUUUACCUUUGAGGUAGUAACACGUAUGCUUCUUGCACCAAACCAUCGUAAGUUCUUCCUGCUACCACUAAACCUGAUUGAUAUCAUCUCAGUGAUGCCAAUUUACAUCACUAUCUUUUUUGAUCUGCUCAUUGGGAGUGAGUCAGAGCUGGACAACUUGGGAAAACUGGUCCAGGUGUUGCGGCUGAUGAGAAUCUUCAGGGUGCUGAAGUUGGCUAGGCAUUCAACAGGGUUAAGGUCACUAGGUGCUACACUACGGCACAGCUACAGAGAGGUUGGAAUCUUAUUACUGUACCUGGCAGUCGGUGUAUCAGUGUUCUCCGGAAUGGCUUACACUGCAGAAUAUGAAGAAGAUGUUGGUUUGGACACAAUCCCAGCAUGCUGGUGGUGGGGGACUGUUAGUAUGACAACUGUGGGAUAUGGAGAUAUAGUGCCAGUGACAGUGGCAGGAAAGCUGGCAGCAUCUGGCUGCAUCCUAAGCGGUACAUUAGUUGUGGCACUACCCAUCACCAUCAUUUUCAACAAGUUUUCACAUUUUUACCGCAAACAAAAAGCUCUUGAGGCUUCAGUGCGAAACAGCAACAACAAGAGGCUUAUAAUAAGACAACAGAGUAAUAGUGAAGACAGCGCAAUACAUGGUCAUAACCACUGUUUGGAGGAUGAAGAGGAUGAAGAUGUGAAUUAUGAGAGAGGAGUUGUCAACUUUUGCUAUGAAGACCAUCCACUGACGAAUAGAUUCUGAUGUGUC